AUGGAUUUAAGCAACUCUUUUCCUUUUGCUAGCUUUAAUUUUUCUGAAGAUUUCCGAAACAAAUCUUGGGUUGACAUCAUUGAGGAAGAAGAAAAUAGGCGAGAAGCAGCUUUAGCCAAAAGCAAGGAGUCUGUUGGCGAACCAGAGAUUGUCUCGUCAAAGCCAGAUAUUGAAGUAAAGACUGAAUUAAAAACUACUGAUUCCUCUUCUGAACGCCAAACAAAGAAUUCUAAUACUAUUGUCACUUCUGGGCCCCGUUCAAGUAGGAAGAGAGGUUUGCCGACACCAAAAGCUGAAUGGGCCGAACCAACUCAAGGGUGGUGCUGGAAGAAAGAGACAAUUUCUCGUCGUGAAAAGGAAAUCAUUAAAAUGAAGGAUCGUCCAACUUAUGCGCGUUACAUAGAACAAGUUCCAAAGGAUGAAAGGAAAAAAGGAGUUCAUCCUAAAACACCUAACAAAUUUCUCAAUUGGAGUAGACGAUCAUGGGACAAACAGAUCAAAUUAUGGAAACUUGCAAUAUAUGAAUGGGCAGGGGAAUCGCCAUCUUCAAGUGUUUACGGCUCUUAUUGUUCAUCGGAAUGUAGUGACGAGGAUCGAGCUCAGUCUUUGGAACGGCCGCAUUCGGCGGAGCCUUCAACAUCGAAAAAGAUCAAAAUUGAGAGGGACGUUGAACCGAAGAAUAGGAUUGUUAAUAUUCCACCAUCAGCCGACACUAUGGCUUCAUUGUUAGGUCACUUUGAUUUGGACACGCUUCGUGAAGCACCAGCACCUAUUAUGAUGAACACAACUGGAGAUGAAUCAACAUUGAAAGAUAUUCCUAAAUCUAAUGGCCCUGUUACUCGUUCAAAAAGUUAUGCUUCAGCAGUGGUUUCAGAGAAGACUUCGAAAGGGCCAACUGAUUUUAGUCAUCUGAUUGCUAAGAAAGAAAGUUCUCUCGCAAAUAAGGAGCGGAAGAAGAAUUGA